CGGUGCCUGACGGAAACAGAAACCACACGACUCUCCAGCCAACUAAGCAAAUACUUAGCCAGGACGGGACAAUAAUUGUUAAGUAGUUGGUGAUCUUUGACCGCCUACAAAGCAGCCAUGUCGUCGACAUCCCAAAAACAUAAAGACUUUGUGGCCGAGCCCAUGGGGGAGAAGCCUGUGGGGGCCCUUGCAGGCAUCGGAGACGCCCUUGGCGGAAGACUGGAGGAGAAGGGUUUUGAUAAGGCGUACGUCGUCCUCGGCCAGUUUCUUGUGCUCAAGAAAGACGAGGAGCUUUUCCGGGAUUGGCUGAAGGACACUUGCAGAGCAAAUGUGAAACAACAAGGUGACUGCUAUGGCUGCCUUAAAGAAUGGUGUGAUGCCUUCUUAUAAAGCAUGCGGCCAUUGUUUUCUACUUCUGAAGUCCAAACUGUACAUUGCCUCUUCAGUGAUCUUGAUUCAAUUCAGCUACACCGCAUAUAUGAACUGACACUCUUCACACGAACGAGGUUCAGUUUAUUUAUUUUGAACUUCUUCUUCACAUUUUCAGUGUAUUUCUGAAAUCCUUUGACCCCCCCCCCUAAACAGAUUUCACACAUGCCCUCCUCAUGGUCUAUCACUAGUGGGUCUAGACUAAUACUGGCUCACUCUUUCUUCAAGUUGGCUGGAGAAUCACAACAGCGGGACAAUUCUAUCUCUGUCACCUACUCACCGUCAGUAGAUCUUCUAAUGGCAGUCUUUUAAAGUUUUUAUAGUAAAAGCACGGGUGUAACUAAUAACAAUAAUGGUGGCUCCUGUCCAUUUACGUCGACCAGUAAGUCGUGCCACUGAGCCAGCAUGCCCAUUAGGACUGUGACACAGGGACACUAUAUGUAACGCUGGGUUCAGAGGCGCUUCAGGCUGAAACUGUCCUGUUUGCGUUUUUUUGGGGAAAAAGCUGCUCAUGUGCAUAAUAUUCAAUUUGUCUGAGACCAUUGAAAUACUGCAUGUACUUUCUGUUAAAGGUUGAAUUUUAAAUGUAUAGUUCAUCCAUUGUUGGUCAUGUACUGGGAAUUUCAAUGUCUUAAGCCAAACAUGGCUACUUUGUUCUCACACUUGUCUUUCUGUGUGAAGUAGUGAUUUACCAGAAGAAUCCAGACUAAUGUUCUUACUCGCCUUCGUGCCCCGAUUGCCUGUUUUUAAAGCCAUUGGAAAGUUGUAAGCUGUCUUGUUUUAAAUAGUUCAUCGUAACACAGUUCAGCAUCACCAACAAUGUUUAAAGGAUUUCUUGAAGAGGUGGAUUGUCUGUUUGAAGUAUCUUGCAGAAUAUGUGACAAACGGAAGCUAAACCUAUGUGACACUGGUCUAAACAAAGAUGUACUUUUUUUUAUUUUAUUACACAAACUUUUAACAUUUGAUCCUGCAUAUGAAGAAGCAGCAUGGCCAGACCCCCUCCUAUGGUCUGCUCAGCGCUUGUUUGAACCUAAUUGAAAAGUAUAUAAAUAAAGAUGGAGAUUCAACAAACUCAAA